CACUCGCUCGCAUUCCGACUCACACCCUCUCUGGUAUAUAACCUCAAACCGUCGGCGAGCUUGUAUCGCGUCGCUCGACGUUCGCCGUGUUGUUUUCCGGCGGCUAACCGGGUUCCGAAUGUGCGUGGCGCGGUUCCUGCUGUCGCAGCGGGUGUUCGUGAGCUCUCGGAGUUUCUCACCACAUGCGACUUCCAGAAUCCGAUGUGUAUGAUGAAAGGGGCUUAUUAGUAUGCUGGAUAAGCGACGGCUUCAUGCCUCCGGUACAUCGCCAUGCACCCUCAUCUUUGUGGUCGUUUUGGCACUAACUGGAUGCUUCUCGUUUUGGAUACACAUCGAUGGUUCAGGAUCGCCGAUCCCCUACUCCAGCGGCGGUGUGGCCGCGCCAGGAUAUAUCCUUAUAUAUCCCGGGAACGUCACGUCCUCCGCGCAGCCCUAUUCGAUAAACGAACUUCCGUCCGAUGAUAAAUCUACGCUAAUCAACAUCACGGACUUCAGGUUCACCAUGAAUCACAAUCCUUGCAACCGUACGCAACCGUUGUUGUUGAUGUUGGUUCACUCGGCGCCCGGGAAUUUCCCGAAGAGGCAUGUUGUGCGGGAGACCUGGGGUCAACAAGCGCCGGACGUGACUUUAUUGUUUCUCGUGGGAUAUUCGGAAGAGUAUCAAUCUAGGCUCGAGGAGGAAAACAAGAAAUAUCAAGACUUAAUACAGGGAAACUUUCUUGAUGCCUACAGAAACAUGACCUAUAAGCACGUUAUGGGAUUAAAGUGGGCUACUUAUUAUUGUCCAAGUGCCAAAUAUAUACUCAAAUUAGAUGAUGACGUUUUUGUUCAUUUACCGGCCAUGCUGGAUUUUCUGACGCAUGGCCUCUCGCCGUGGGGUGCAAGACGUCUGAUUCUCUGUGAUCUUCUGUCGGCUUCCGCAGUGAAGAGAUCCUGGCGUUCGAAAUGGCGGGUCUCUCCUCUGGAGUAUCCCGGUAGACUUUAUCCCGCGUAUUGUGCCGGAUGGGCGAUCCUGUACUCCCCCGAUAGUGUAUUUAUAUUAUAUCGUGAGGCUCAGAAGGAGCCGUAUUUCUGGAUCGAUGAUGUACACAUCACCGGGACACUGGCUAGGAAAGUAAAUUUAACACAAACCUCAUUACACUCUUGGGUGCUCACAACCGAGAGCAUGCGGGACUUAUUGUCGAACCCAAGUGCUCGACGAGAUUUCCUGUUCGGACCUCCGGAUCUAACGGAGAGCGGGAUACGCGCCUUACAUAGUCUGGUUACUAAACCACGGCCUAGCAGCGAAAGCCUAUUGAAUUAAACGUCUAAUAGAACAAUUUCGUUAUACUGAGUCACGGAAGGGAGGAAAGGAAAGGAGAUACAAAUAGCGAGUAUUCUCGUACUUUCCGCAUAAUCCUAAAAUACUACAUCGCAUCAGUAUGUCUGUACGAUAGUUCAACGUAAGUGUUCGAUUAUUUGCACAAUGUACAAACGCCAUGUUAUGUAUAAUGCAUACGUAAUAAAUGCGUUAAAUAUAUGUGCAUAUGUGUAUGUAGAUAUAUAAAUAAAUUCAUAUACAUAUACACAUGCAGACGCAGUAAACACAUAUGCAUGUGUAACAAUAUUAUUUGCGAUUGUUUUACGUAAGACUUAAAUAUUUGUUCUUAAGUAGCACUCAAAUAAGUUCUAUUUCUGACAUUCAAUUUCAUUUUCUAAAUCUUUUUCAUCGAUUAUUCUAAUCAGGGCUUGUAUAAUUGUUGAGAAUAGUAACAUGCUCAGUCUGCUUAGAUUUUCAAUUUUACGAAUGUUUUAAUUAUUAAAAAUAAUUUGCAAUACAAUUGCAGUUGAUACCUGAUUUUUUGAUAUAUAGAUUAGUCUUUCAGCCGUCUGGCUUUUACACACGCUUAUGCACGCACAUACAUUUUUGGAUUUCUGCGAUUGAACGUGGAAAUCGAAAGGGAUAUUUUAUUGUAAUAAAUUAAUUUUGAGACAUUUAUAUGUAAACAAUAUAUUUCGCAAUAUAUUCUUUGGUUGUGUAGGCACAAAUAAUAAUUAACUAAUUUAAUAGACUGUUUAUAAGCCCUGGUUAACAAAUUAAAUUAAAUCAAUUGUAAAAUCCGAGUAUUAACUCAUUAUUAUAGAAGGACAAAACGGCAGCUAUUUUUUUAUUUAUACUUACAAAAAAUGCCAACAAUGUGAAAGGAUAGUGUAAUAUUUAAAUGACGGAUGAAGGAUGACGGAUAGUAUUAAUAUUUAAAAGCUGCAAGAAUUCUACGGAAAACUUACGUAUCUCGUGAUCGUGAAACAUCCUCUUGCAGUAACAAAAGCUUGCGGGAAGCGAAGAAAUGACGGACUUUAUUGUAAAUUUACCAAUCGGCGAUAAGCAAUGGAACUUCGUCAUGGAGCAACAUUUAAUGUACUUAAAUGUAAUGUAAUAACAAACAAAUUAAAGAUAUGACAUUGUUACGCAAGGACAUUGAGGAGUCGAACUAAAUAUUGUUACGUAGCAACAAGUACAACCCCAAAACAAGGGUCCACUCGCAAUUAGGUACAGAGAUCGCAGAUAUUUGUCCGUUUUUGAAUGUCUAUAAAUUUUUUAUGUGAAUCUGUUGAAUCACCACGAUUAUAUUUAGUAUUGCGAAGGUACGUGUGCCUGUAAACUGUAACGUGAAACUCAAGCAUGAAACUUGAGCUAGCUUUUUAGUUACCGUGAUUUCUUUAGAGUCGAUGGUCGAUGUGAUAAUUUCCAUAUUACUUCUCAAUAUCGUACCGUUUCUUUUCAUCUUAAAAUACAACGAAUGUGUAUGUCUACGGAAUAAAAUACGCAGAAUUCCACUCGCUAACGCAACACUAAAUGCGAAGCCCAAAACUUUCUUGUUGUGACGCAACAGAAAGGAACAGAAAGCUCCGGCUUUCUGCCAUCACCAUUUAAGUAUUCCAAAACUGGACAGCGUAUUCGUAUUAUUAUAGCACAAAGAAAUUGAUGGCUAUUAGUUACUGAAUAAUCUCACGUAUUAUGUCUCAUGUGUUCUCAGUUUUUAUUUAUGUAUCGAGUUUUUCUUUACAUAGUACUGUAUUAUGUAUCAUUUCUAAAAGGAGGAAUUACAAUCUCUUAUUGCGAUAAUGUAUAAAGUACGAUCGCAUAGCAUAAUACAACAAUUUUUGUGAUGGAGUAAAUACUUAUAAUUUCAAUAAAUAAUGGAUUAUUUAAAUUA